CCAGGCAGAGUCAGUUCUGGCUCUCAGGCUCCUGCUCCCAAAGCCAUCUCAUGCAGGCAUUUGAGCACCAGGAUGAUGAUGGAUGUUGGGGCUCUGGGUCUCGGGCCUAUCUGUGCCUGGAUGCUCAGCACCAGCUCCACUGGAGGCUUGUUCACAGCUUCAGUGACCUCCUUCUCCUCCUGAUGAAAAGUCUCAGGCCAGGCAUGGGACCAUUUGAGGGAGCCAACAGCACUUUCACCUUGGAGAAGACAGCAUUAGAUGAGAAGCUGCCAGAGGGCUGGCAUGACAAGGACUUUGUCACUCCUACCCAGGAUCUCUCUGGGUCCCGCAGUGUUAUGAUGGACAGCACCAAGAUCCUGGGGGUCCAGGUUGUCCUGAUUGCUGCCUACUCCCUCAUCAUUCUGCUGGGGUUCAUCGGCAACUCCCUGGUCAUCUACAUCAUAGUCAAGUACAAGACCAUGAGGACUGUCACCAACUUCUUCAUAGCUAACCUGGCCCUGGCAGACCUGAUGGUGGACACACUCUGUCUGCCCUUCACCCUGGUGUACACCCUGCUGGACGAGUGGAAGUUUGGAGCUGUUCUUUGUCACCUGGUCCCUUAUGCUCAAGCUCUGAGUGUCCACGUGUCCACUCUCACCCUAACUGUGAUUGCCCUGGACAGGUAUCGGUGUAUCGUGUUCCACCUGGACAGCAGGAUUUCCAAGAGGCUCAGCUUCACCAUCAUAGCUGUCAUGUGGCUGGCAGCAGCUGUCCUGGCAGGCCCUCUGGCCAUCUUCAGAGAGUACCGAUAUGAGGAAAUCCCCUCCAUCAACCUCAAGAUGGCUGUCUGCUCAGAGAAAUGGCCCUCUGGUAACAACAGAGAUGCCACCAUCUACAGUCUGUCCAUGCUCCUCCUGCAGUAUGUUCUUCCUCUUGCAAUUAUUUGUUAUGCCUACACCAGGAUCUGGUUCAAGCUGAAAAACCAUGUCAGUCCCACUUCUAGGAAUGAAAACCAGUGCCGGAGGAGGAAGACCACCAAAAUGCUAGUGAUGGUAGUUGUGGUAUUUGCAGUCUGCUGGCUCCCCUUCCACAUAUUCCAGCUUGCCAUUGAUCUUGAUCUGGUUCUUAUCUUCCACGAGUACAAACUCCUGUACACUGUCUUCCAUGUUGGGGCCAUGUGCUCUACAUUUGUCAACCCCCUGCUCUAUGGAUGGAUGAACAAGAACUACCGGAAUGGCUUCCUGAUGUUCUUCCGUUGCCAGGACAAGCCAGAAAGCUUCCACACUGAAGGCUCAGUUAGAGGGAGGUCGUACAUCUUCAGAGCCAAUACCCUAAAUGGGAGCAUCAAACAGACUCCUGGCAAUGGAUCACUGCCCACAGAGGUUUAGGGAUGGGUCAUCCCCCUCCAGGACUGAGGCUCCGGGACUGAGCCCAGAGACAUUCUUGGGUGAAUGCCUUUUUUUUUGACAGAAUAUUGUGCUGCCAAUUAUACCUACCACAACCACAUAGAAA